AUGCAGGAUGCAAGCGAAGUCGAGGGCUUCCUCCAUCAACAGCAGACACGGAGGGAGCCCACCAAAACACGAUCAUUGUUCGAGUACACCAAAAACCUUCUGUUUCCCCAACAACAACGAAAACAAACCACAGAGCCGGACGAGAAACCAAGAGACGACAUUGAUGAAUUUGAAGAAAUAGUGCUCCACGAUGACAAGACCCGGCUAUGGAAAAGACUCCAGCUCCGCACCUUCAUCACCUCCCUGACAGGCCUCAUCCUCACCAUACUCUCCUUCGUCUUCGGCGUCGGCUGCGGGCUAGGCAUUGGCAUUCCCUACUACGGCGGCUCCUCGCUCUCGCACGUCUUCAGCCGGCCGUCCGACCACCCCAGCGGGAUACCCGACAACCUCCCCAUCAUCUCCGGGGCCCAGCUGACCAACAGGACGGAGCUGGACCUCGACACGGGCUUCGCGUUCCGUGGCUUCCCGCAGGUGAGGGAGUACGACUUCACCAUCACCCUGGGGCUCGCCGCGCCCGACGGCGUCUGGAAGCCCAUGGUGCUCGUGAACGGGCAGUCGCCCGGCCCGCUGAUCGAGGCGGCCACGGGCGACACGGUGCGCGUGCGCGUGACGAACAUGCUCCCCAACAACGCCAGCACGAGCGUCCACUUCCACGGCGUCGACCAGCGGGGCACCCCCUGGAUGGACGGCGUCGCGGGCGUGACGCAGUGCGGGAUCCCGGCGCGCGGCGGGUCCUGGACGUACGAGUUCACCGUCGCCGGCCAGAGGGGCACGUUCUGGUACCACGCCCACGCCGCCGUGCAGUACACGGACGGGCUGUACGGCCCGAUCGUCGUGCGGGACCCGGAGGGGGAGAUGGUGCCCGCCACCGACGCUGAGAGGAUCGUCUUCCUAGGCGAGAAUUAUCAUACCUACGCUGGGGAGCUUGCGGGCCACUACCUCGCGCCCUCGUCGCCCUGGGAGCCCGCCGAGGCCGGCGUCGAGCCCCUGAGUGAUAACCUGCUGAUUAACGGGCAGAACACGUUCGACUGCUCCGUGGCGUCGACCACUUUCAACUCGACGUUCCGGCAGAAGAACGCGCCGGAGUGCACCGGUGGGCAGGUGUAUACGACGAGUGUCCGGCCCGGGACCACCAUGCGGCUCCGGCUGAUCAACCAUUCCUCGUACCUCUCAUACUGGUUCAGCAUCGACAGGCACCCGCUCACCAUCGUGGAGAUCGACGGGGUCGAGGUCGAGCCCAUCGUCAGCCAGGGGGUGCACGUCAACAUCGGGCAGAGGUAUAGCGUGGUCAUCACCGCGACGGAGAAAGUGGGUGACUACACCAUCAGGUCGGCGCUGGAAAAGGAGUGUUUCUUGCCUUAUAGCACCUACAUCAGUAGUGGAUUAGAGUCAAUAGGGUAUCAGGCCAAAGGGAUCCUGAGAGGAGGAAGAAGCAGAGACGAAAAAUCCGUGGAGCUGCGGCGACAUGCCAUUCGAUAUGCCAAGCCCGUGCGGCAGAAGGAAGCACAUGAGCUACGCGAGGGAGACCCAACCCACAUCGUAGACUUCCAGUUCCGCCAGGUCGGCGAGAUCAAUCGCAUCUUCCUGAACAAGACCUCCUGGAGCCCCUACCAAGACGACGCAACCCUAUGGCAAGUCGCAGCCAACGAGCGAGACAACGACUUCACCACAGACGCAGGCGGCGUGUACCACAACUGGGGGUUCCGCCUGGACCAGCAGGUCCUCCUGGUGCCAGACGGCAGCGGCGCCGCGCAGGUGGCCAUCAACAGCCUCGACGCCAUGGAGCACCCCUUCCACAUGCACGGCCACAGCGUGCAGGUCGUGGGCUGGGGGCCCGGGCGGUACGACCCUUCUUCCUCUUCUCCCUCAUCGUCGACGACGACGACCUGGAACCUGGCCAACCCGCUGCGCCGCGACACCUUCACCGUCCCCGCCGAGUCCCACGUCGUCAUCCGCUUCAGGGCCGACAACCCGGGGAUCUGGGUCAUGCACUGCCACGUCGCGUGGCACCUCGAGGCCGGGAUGCUGGUUUCGUUCUUGGAGCGGCCGGGUGAUCUUAAACGUCUUGUGGGCGAGAUGGACACGGAGACGAGGGCGCGCUCGGAGAGCUUUUGUCCCAAGAGAGCCGGCCAGGGUGUAUGA